AUGGUGGCAUUUGAAGUUCACGCCACUUUACCAGAAAUCAUCAAACCAUCUUCACCAACACCCAAUCACCUUAGAUCCUUCAAACUCUCUGCUCUCGACCAGCUAGUGGACGGCACAACAUAUUCCCCAGUAUGGUACUUUUACACCUCCUCAAAAGAUGAUCACCAUAUGUCAAUGUCUAUGGAGGGCCACUUGGUCACCCUCAAAAAUUCGUUAUCAAGAACCCUAACUCGCUUUUACCCUCUGGCGGGGAGGAUCAAUAGUGAUUGUACCACCAUUGAUUGUAAUGAUGAAGGAGCUCUAUUUAGACAAGCCAAAGUAAGUUGUGAUAUGGAUGAUUUUCUUGAACAGGUCUCUUUGGAAUUUGAGUUAUUAUACAAGUUGCUUCCGUGCCAACUUCCGUGUCCAGAGGGCGUGGAAAAGGUGGCGCAAGUAGCCAUCCAAGCCAACGUAUUUGCAUGCGGUGGUAUUGCUUUAGGGAUGUGUCUCUUGUACAAAAUCCUGGAUGGAACCUCCGUUACUGCUUUCAUCAAAGCAUGGGCGGAGAUUGCUCGUACAGACGUUUAUGAUUUUGGAGGUCAAGAACAAGUGUCUGGUUGUUCUUCAUUGUUCCCGCCAAAUGAAAGUUUGUCGACUCCUUUAGCGGACUUGCAAGUACUCGAGGCAGCAAGAGAUGGUGAAGCCAAAAGACAUAGUAGCAUAAAAAGGUUUGUCUUUGAUGCAAGUUCCUUAUCCUCUCUCAAGCACAAGGCAAGGAGUAAAAAUGUCCCGAACCCAUCUCGUGUCGAAGUAAUCUGUGCACUUUUCUGGAAAUGCCUGGCCAUUAGUACUUCUUCCACAUCUGUGUUUAUCAAUUUUGUUAAUCUACGGGCAAGGUUAGAUCCUCCAUUACCCGCUCUCUCUCUGGGAAAUAUUUAUUGGCUUGCAGUUGCGAUUGAUGAUCAAAUUACAAAUGGGAGUGUUAAAAGUGAUGAGAACAAGAAGCAACUACCUUACUUUGUCCAUCUUCUGAGGAAAUCCUUCAAGACAAUUGAUUCCAUGUACCUGAAGAAUUUCCAAGGUGAACAAGGGUUUGAGCGAAUUUGUAAAUUCCAGGAAGAUGCAAAAGAAAUGUAUUCCAAGAAAGGACUCAUUCUCGAGGCUUCUGCUUUAAAUUUAAUGGGGUGGUAUGAUGCAGAUUUUGGAUGGGGAGCCCCUUCGUGGGUGACUUGCGCACCAUCUUAUAGAAAUGAAAUAAUUCUCAUGCAAACCAAAUCUGGCGACGGCAUUGAAGCAUCGAUGAUGUUGGAUGACCAUCAAUUGGCAAUAUUAGAACAUGAUCCUGACUUCCGAGCACACACCAGGCGAGGCCAUGCCGUUGAACCUGUUAAGAGGCGAUUAAUUUCUAAUUUGUGA